AUGGCAAGUCGUAGUCCAGAUAAAUCUUUAUUCGAUGAAAUUGAUACAAAUCAAGAUGAAAAAAUUGAUAGAGAUGAAUUUCGUAAAUGGGCUUCGAGGCCUGUAGAAGUGAGUUCUUCACAAUACGAGCGACUGAAUACUGACCUCAAUCAGAGUCAUACGGUUACUAGUCGAUUAGAUCGAUAUGAGCAUAAAGAUAUUAAUCUGAGUGCUUUUGAAUCUACAGCUAAUCAAUAUUCUUUAUAUGGAACUACAACAAUAGCUAAAGAUUAUAGCAGCGAUACGGCAAUUGUUACUAGAAGCGUAUCAGAAACGGAACUAUAUCUGGAAAAUCAUGGUAUUGAUCUUUGUAAGAAUCCAGAAAUUAUUAGGCGAACAAUACCUGAAAGACCAUCAACAUAUGAACAACGGGUUUUGGUUCGAUAUCUUCAGCCACCAGCUCUUCCACCAGCAGGACCGCUCAUUAUUAAAGAAGUGCGUGCAGAGCAGCCACCGCCUCCUCCACCACUGAUCAUACGUGAACAAGCACCACCUCUUUCCUCACCACCACCGCUCAUUUUACGUGAACGACCACCAACACCACCGCCAAUUCUUCCAAGUGAAACAAUUACUCGUAUGUUACCUCCAUUACCUACUCCGCAACGAUCAGUUGUCAUCGAACGUUAUCCACCUCUUCCAGAAAAACCACGAGAUAUUAUAAUUGAACGAUGGAUUCCGUAUGGACGUCAAAUUGAACGUCGUACGAUUGUUCAACCGGCUCCUCCUGCUAGAGAAUAUCCAAGAGCAUCUUGUACUGUUGUUAUUUACGAAGGUCCUCAAGCACGUAUAGUCCGAAAAUUUGAACAACUUGAUGUUACUAUUGAAAAUCCUGAAGAUUACGUAGCCCGCUAUAGGGGAUCACUUUUAGAUUCAACAACAUUGGUUCAAGAAGCUCGUAAUAUUGGCAUUAUUGAAGAUAUAACACCUUCAGUAUUAUCAUUGUCAGUGAAUGCAAAAAUGCACGGAGCUAAUGAUCGUCUUCAAGCAAUAGCUGCUCAAUAUGAAAUAAAUAAUACACUUGCUCAACGUCUUAAUAUACUUCAACAAUUUGAAAUAGUUGUACUUUGUGAUGAUUCGGGUUCAAUGAAUACACCUGUAGAUGGAACAACACGUACUCGAUGGGAUGAAUUACGAUCUAUUGUACAAAUAGUUAUUGAAAUUGCUACUGUAUUCAAUUCAAAUGGAGUUGAUCUACAUUUUCUUAAUCGUUCAUCAAUACCUAAUGUAACUGAUUCACGACAAGUUGUUGAAUCAUUUAGUCAACGUCCAGAUGGAGUAACACCACUUACACAAGCUUUAAGACGAAUAUUUCAAGCAGCAGCAAGUAAACCUCGUAGUGAUAAACGUUUACUUGUAUUUGUAGCUACAGAUGGAGAACCAACAGAUUCAAAUGGUAAUGUUGAGAUACAAGGUUUAGAAAAUUUAAUGCGUAAUGAACGUCAAGCCAAUACAACAUAUGUAACAUUUCUUUCCUGUACAGAUGAUGAAUCAAGUGUAGCUUAUUUAUCACAAUGGGAUCGUACAAUGAUGAAUGUUGAUGUUGUUGAUGAUUAUAAAACUGAACGUGAACAAGUACGUCGUACUCGAGGAUAUAAUUAUCCAUUUUCAUUUGGAGAUUAUGUUGCAAAAGCAUUACUUGGCGCAGUUGAUCGACAAAUGGAUCUAUUAGAUGAAUCGGGAGGUAAAUAAUAAUUUUCGAAGGUAUUAAUCAAUUAUAAACUUUAUUUCAUCUUUUUGUCUCUGUUGUUAAAUUAAUUAAUUAACUAAGAACAAAAAGGAAGAUUUUUUUUUCUUUCUUAAAAAUAAAUAAAUCAAAUAUAUAUUAUAAAAUUCUUAUGAUUAUAUGAAUUAGAUGUUUCUUUUUUUUUCUAAACUGAUUGUUAGAGAUGUUUUUGAUUUAUAUCUUUGAUUUGUAAAUAUCGAUUUUUGAGUGUCUAUGCAAUUGCCUAGUGGGAUAAUGCAAAAUAUUUUUAUUUUUCUAAUCAAGAAUAAUUUUAGUAAUGACUCUUUUGUUGAAUAUUCGGACAGAUGGAAAAUAUCUACAAAAAAGAAAAAAAAACAAAUUUACGUCAACUCGUCAAUUAAAAACUUAUUGAAAACAGUUUGGUUGAUUUAUAAUUUUCUAACAAUAAUGUAAUUGAUAUUAUACGAAAAGUCAAGCAUUUUUAUUUAUACACAUGUUUAUAUAGAAAAUUCAAAUAGAAAUUUUGUACCUCGAUCUUCGGCUCGGUUAUGGAUUAUGCUAUACUAAAGAUGACUGAAAUAGAAAUAGGCACUGAUAUUAUGAGUAAUAAAAGUAUUCAAUGAAUCAUGUUUGGAUAUCUAAGAUUAAAAAAUAAAAACCUUAUCGGUUGGUAAAUAUUCAUCUAGCUGAAUAAUACUUUACAUAGUGAGUAAGUCAGAAAAUAUCAAGAAAAUCUAGUUAAAUUUAAAUCAAGAAUAUAUAGAGAAGUCUAGGGAAGCCACUCAUUGUAUGUCCAAUCAAUGAUAAAAUUGAUAUCAAUUACUGAGCGAUUCUGUUUUUUGUAUCCAAUUGAAAGCAGUUGUGUUUUGAAAAACAUAUUCGAUGUGCUCAUUUUUCAUGUCAAACGAAAAUUAGUAUUUUGACAUCAAUAAUCAUUUUAAAUUCUAUACUAAUAAUGAACUAAAAUUGAAAAUUUUCACAAUUAUUCAAUAAAAUGAUAGAUUCUCUUAAUAUGGUAUGAGAUUAUUUUUCGAUAAUGCGAUCUUAUCAAACACAGUUCAACAGGUGAGUACAACUCAAAACUCUUACAUGUACAAUUACAUGUAAACAAUCGAUCCAAUAAAUAUUGGAUUAGCUUUUUUUCUAUUAGACGUGUAUUAUAUGAAAUCUCAUUACUUUUCCAUUCUAUUUCAUGCGAAAUUUUGAAAAUAUCCGAUGAGACAAAUGUCUUUCACAACAAUCAUUUUUUUCUUAUCAAGUGCAACCAAUUUGUUUUGAAAUGUGAACUUAAUUCUUGUAAAUUUAUGAAAUCAAAAAAAAUGAAACGAUAUAGCAUUUUUUAGUUUUAAUGAAAGUGAUAGUUGUGGGUGUGGAUGUGGGGGUGGGUGUGGGUGUGAGGAUGUGCAUGUGGAUGGUAUGUGGCGUGGGGGUGUGAACAUUCUAAAAGACAAAGCCACACCCACACCCACACCCACACCCACACCCACACCCACACCCCCACCCACAGCCCCCCCCACACCCCACACCCACACCACCACCCCCACCCACACCCA